ACUGUCAAAAGCAAAAGAUAGCAGUAUCGUUUUGCUAAUUUUCUUACCGAAAUUUUCAUUUUUUGCGAAAAUAAUGCCGAAUUAGCUUUGAAAGGUGUGUGAAACAUAACGGUACAACGAUGGCACAACUAUUGCGUGGAAAAUCAAGCAUUGACCUGCGUUUCAGGAACAUUCGACCGGCAGCAUACGCGCUGAGUCAUGUGAACUUCUCCGGUUUCAGUUACGGUGGCAAUGGCAAUAGUCGUCAAAACUUCUACUAUCGGCAGCACCAGGAGUUUCUUCGUAGGCCAAAGUUCGGUGGCUAUCAAUACUACCGGGGCUAUGGAAUGCUUGUGGGAAGAGUUCUUCGAGGAGUCCUAAAGCUACGCUAUCUGGUGCUUGGAGGUGCUAUUGGCGGCGGAGUAACGCUUAACAAGCGCUACGAAGAGUGGAAGGAUGGGCUGCCGGAUAUGAAGUGGCUCGAGGAGGUGAUGCCCGAUAAUGAAAAAUGGAGUCAGUUCACCAAAAGCCUGCUUGCGGUGAAAGAUUCAGUUAAGGAUUCCAUCGAAAUUGAUCCUCGAUUGAAGCAGCUCAGCGAGAACAAGAUUAACGAGUGGCGGCAAUGGUUCGAUCAACGUCUGGACAAUGCAAUUGAGGCGGCUGAAACUCAACCGAAUCCACAAAUCGAAAGUUCCUUCCAGAAUCUAUCUGAAUUAGUAUCAGAACUAUAUGGAGCUACCAAAGAAGAACUUCGCAACCAUAACACGGUGAACGCAAAAACCCUCACGACUGAGGAAAGCCGGAAACGUGUAGAAACUCUACAGGUCCAGGUUGAUGCUCUGCAGACGGAGAUCAUGAAUGUGCAAUUGAAGUACCAGCGAGAAAUCGAAAAACUAGAGAAAGAAAAUCGAGACCUUCGUCAGCAAUUUCUAAUUCUGAAAACAAACCGGAAGCAACCGACAAAGAAGCGCAUCAAGAAAUCGUUGAUCGACAUGUACUCGGAAGUGUUGGACGAAUUGUCCGGAUAUGAUACCAGUUACAGCACGGCUGAUCAUCUGCCACGGGUUGUGGUCGUAGGAGAUCAAAGUAGUGGUAAAACUUCGGUGUUGGAAGCUAUCGCACAAGCUCGGAUCUUUCCCCGCGGCAGUGGAGAGAUGAUGACUAGAGCUCCAGUGAAAGUUACCCUUUCGGAAGGUCCCUACCAUGUGGCACAAUUUCGGGAUUCAGAUCGGGAGUAUGAUCUAACUUUGGAAAGAGAUUUGUCCGACUUGCGUCGGGACGUGGAAAUUCGAAUGAGAAACUCUGUACGUGGAGGAAAGACCGUCAGCAACGAUGUGAUUUCAAUGACGGUGAAAGGGCCGGGUCUUCAACGCAUGGUUCUAGUAGAUCUGCCGGGUAUUAUUUCAACCCAGACGGUGGACAUGGCGGCGGACACCAAAGAUUCGAUCAAGCAAAUGACCGAGCAUUACAUGAGCAAUCCGAAUGCAAUUAUCUUGUGCAUACAGGAUGGUUCCGUCGACGCUGAACGUAGUAAUGUGACCGAUAUGGUAUCGCAUUGUGACCCCCUUGGAAAACGAACUAUUUUCGUUCUUACCAAAGUUGACAUGGCAGAAGAUCUGGCCGAUCCGAAUAGGAUCAGGAAGAUUCUUUCAGGGAAACUCUUUCCAAUGAAAGCUCUAGGAUAUUUUGCAGUUGUGACCGGUCGUGGGCGGAAGGACGAUUCCAUCGAAACAAUUCGCGAAUAUGAGGAGAAGUUCUUUAAGAAUUCUAAACUGUUCCAAAGUGGUGUCACGAUGUCGCAUCAGGUCACAACGCGUAAUCUCAGCCUGGCGGUGGCCGAUCGCUUCUGGAAGAUGGUCCGUGAAACGAUCGAACAGCAAGCGGAUGCAUUCAAAGCAACGAGGUUUAAUUUGGAGACUGAAUGGAAAAAUAAUUUCCCCAGACUACGCGAAUCCGGUCGUGAUGAACUGUUCGACAAGGCGAAAGGUGAAGUGUUGGACGAGGUAGUAAACUUGUCCCAAGUUUCUUCUAAAAAGUGGGAAGAACUCCUAAACAACAAACUGUGGGAAAAAUUGUCAAGCUACGUGUUUGAAAAUGUGUAUUUGCCAGCAGCACAAUCCGGUUCACAGAAUUCCUUCAACACCAUGGUGGAUAUUAAAUUGCGACAGUGGGCUGAACAGGCCCUGCCUGCCAAAUCCGUAGAAGCCGGCUGGGAAGCACUGCAGAAAGAAUUCCAGUACCUGAUGGAGGUUGCUCGGAAAACGCCGGACCAUGACAACCUGUACGAUAAUCUAAAAAGUGCAGUGAUAGACGAAGCAAUUCGACGUCACUCGUGGGAGGACAAGGCGAUUGAUAUGCUGCGAGUCAUACAGUUGAACACGUUGGAAGAUCGUAGUGUACACGACAAGGUCGAGUGGGAUCAGGCCGUUCGUUUCCUGGAGACAUCGGUUAAGGAAAAACUUGAACACACCGAGCAAACGAUUAGUGAAAUGUUCGGUCCAUCAACAACGCAAAAGUGGCUUCAGUGGCGCUCGUCUACCGAUGAGCAGAAUAAACGAAAAUACGUCAAAGGGGAACUGGACAAAAUACUAUCUAGUGAUUCAAAGCAUUCUCCUACGUUAAGCUACGACGAGCUGACAACCGUUAGGAAAAAUCUGCAACGAAGCAACGUUGAAGUAGAAACGGAUUACAUUCGGGAAACGUGGUAUCCCAUCUAUAGAAGACAUUUCCUGAAGCAAGCGCUGAAUCAAGCGUAUGACUGCCGCAAAGCGUACUACCUAUACACUCAGCAAGGUACUGAGUGUGAGGUGAACUGUAGCGAUGUGGUUCUCUUUUGGCGCAUCCAGCAGGUUAUAAAAGUUACUGCCAACGCUUUACGUCAGCAGGUCAUCAAUCGGGAGGCUCGACGGUUGGAUAAGGAAAUUAAAGAAGUCCUAGACGAAUACGGAGAGGACGAUGACAAAAAACAGCAACUACUGACGGGCAAACGUGUGACACUAGCGGAGGAACUUAUUCGAGUGCGGCACAUUCAGGAGAAAUUGGAAGAAUUUAUAAACGCUCUCAAUCAGGAAAAGUGAACUAGCUCUCAAUGUGGCUUGGAACUGUAUCUAGUCUAUCCAUAACCAAUCGUGGAGCGCUAAGACACCUAAUACGUUUAAAGUACUGUCUCGAUAAGACCUAAAGAAUACUUAAAAUACUGUAACCAAGCGGGCACUGAGAGUGUUAAGGGAAAGCAAGGAUUCCAGAUAAGCUAUUUAUUUAAUACGAAUUCGAUUUCUUUUGUUGCUUACGUUAAUCUAUUACGCGAUUCAACUUGUUUUGAUUGGACUUAUAAUAUUGGUACAAUCUUCGAAAAAAAGUAUUUGUUGUAAUUUAUGCUAAUUCUAAUUUACAAUCAGGCUGCAUUAUGAACACCAAUUGGAAUAAAAUUUUCGUGGAGUCGUAUUCUAAACUAA